ACGCUGAUGACUCCGGCUGUGUCCUACUCAACACAUCAAGAAAGUACGUGAAGCUGAUGAACUUCGAGGAGGAGGUGAGGGCGCAUCGAGACCUGGACGGCUUCCUGGCCAGAGCUAGCAUCGUAUUGGACGAAACGGCGCCGGCGCUAGACGACGUUCUGAAGAGGAUGUUGCAUCACGUGGGGCAGGACAGCCACACGGCCGAGCCAGGAUGCCAUUUUGAGGAGGUCAUGAGCAUGUUGUUCACCGACGCAGGAGCACAGGAGAUUAACGCCCACCUGGUGUCAGAGACCAUCCAGGGGAGUAACAGCCACUGCCACCGGGUCCAAUACCAACAAUCCUGGCUAUGUAUCCU